CUGUUUGAAAGGAGCAUGGGAAACUCAGAUGUGCUGGGUACAGACGAAAGAGGAAUUUCCCAGCACCAGGCCAAACGAGCGGUAGCAGAUGCCCCUUUCUCCAAGACACUCUCACCUUGGGCCACGUUCUCUAGGGUUCCACCCCGGCAGGCAAACACCUGAUCCCCUCUGGCUGUAUGGAAGCCAGGAAGCAGAGAGAUCCCUGCUGGAAGAAGAAAGCAUCUCCCUGGCAGGCAGCAGAGCUCCAGAAGCUGGAAGCAAGCACAGUGUAAAACAAACCAGUCCCCAGCCCCCAGUAAAGAAAGGGGAAAAUCCUGUGUUUGGUACCUACCCAGAAAUACAUCAUCAUGUCGGCAGCGGGGAUGCGCAGCACCAGAGAGGAGCAAUCGGGAGAAAAAGGAAGAGAGGAAAAGCGAGCGAGGCUGGACCUGCUCCUCCUGCGGAGGUAGCGUACAGCUGGCUGGGAGUGCAGGGGCUGCUGGACUCAGGCUGGGAGUGCAGCGCGAGGAGCCAGGCUGAAGGACUGGGGGCCAAGUUGCCAGCUCCUGCGUGCUGCUCUGCCCCCCGACCAUGGCUGCAACUCCCCUCCAAGCCAGCGAUGGGCCUGGAUCCCCAGGAAUGCCCCGCUGCCCCAAUGAGAGGCUCGGGGGAGUUACCACAUGCCUGCCUGAGCCCUGCUGCUGCCCCGUUUCUCCGGAGGAGGACAAAUCCCUGCUACGGCUCACGCGCCGUCCCGCAGAGGAAAGAAGCAGAAUCCUCAGGAGACUGUCCGGUUUGGACUCAGCGCAGGGAAGCCACGUGGGCAAAGUGUGUUUGCCAGAAACUGUAAUUCCCAGUGGAGACAAGAUAAUCCCCUACUCUGCAGGGCCUUACACAAGGGACUUGGCUGUUGAGCCCCUCGAGCUGCUGUGUCACUGAAAUCUCAAAGCUCCCACUGACCUCCUGAUCCAGCCCAUUCUCACCUUGCUCCUCCAAACUCCUUCCUGCUUCUCUGAGCUCCCAGACACCUCCCCCGGGUUGUGCCCAGUUUCACCAGUAAGCUGGUCACCGGAGACCUCUGGAACAGGGGUGAAGAAAAAUCUCCAGUCCGUGACCAUCAUCCCGAGAGCUGGGGCUUGGAUUUGCUGGGCUCUCAGACAGUGUGUUUGAAGAUGAAUAAUUGAAAGCUGCUUGUUCUCCUGUGGGAAGUGCAGUGAUGGGUAAAAUCUCAUUUCCCAGACAAGCCUCCCAAGGAAGAAGCCAGCUGAGGCUGCGCCUGCUAGGACCCCCCCACAACCAGACCUGAGGCCACAGUGUUCAGGAAACAGCAGACGGGCAGGCAACUCCCCGGGGGACUGGGUCAGCCUGAGGGCAGUCCAGAUACACAAUAUGAUGGGUACCGACAUAGCCUGGCCAUGGGCUGCGGGACUGUGACCUGCCACCACUGCAGCAUCUGCUGGGGCAGCAGCAGGAAGGCCAAGGCACAGCAUUAACUCGGGGCAAACAGUGGCCUUCAGGAGACACAAGUGCUGCUUUGCAGUUCCAAA